GAGCAGGAGAGCGGAGAAGGAGCGAGGCGGACGUGGAGUGCGGUGUCGGUGCUCGCUGCUGACAGAGAGAGAGAGACAACCGGGCACACGGAAUGAGUACGCGGCCUUUCCCUUAUGUGCGGUCUCGGCUUUAGGACCAGAAAUUCGCCGUCUCAAAAGACUAGCCUGCGAUGGGGCGACUGUUGUCCCCGCCAGCACCGCCAGCCGAAAGUCAACACGACUGACUCCGCCGUCUUCUAGUGCAUGACCUCAAACUCGACUUGGACGCGACCAACCCUCCUCUCACCCCCUCACCGUUAAACACUAAAUACAUAUAUAUCUAUUUUGCUGUGCGGAUUUUUGGUGCCCAAACUGUUCACCUCAGGCAGUGAUGUUGCUGCUCAACUGACUGACUGACUGACAAAUUCACGCAAAUUCUCGCUUCUCCGCCGACGACACGCGAAAAUUGUGAGUGUGCCGCUGUAGUGAUUCUAGAACAGCCCGCAAAAUGAUUAACAUCGCAGGAGUGGUGUCGAUUGUGCUUUUUUACGUGCUCAUCUUGGCCGUCGGCAUCUGGGCUGGCCGCAAGAAGGAGCACGGCAAUGAUUCGGAAGAGGAGGUCAUGCUGGCCGGCAGGAGCAUCGGCCUCUUCGUUGGCAUCUUCACCAUGACAGCGACAUGGGUGGGCGGGGGCUACAUCAACGGCACCGCCGAGGCCAUCUACACCUCUGGACUGGUUUGGUGCCAAGCGCCCUUUGGCUACGCCCUCAGCCUCGUUUUCGGUGGAAUUUUCUUCGCGAACGAGAUGCGCAGACAGGGCUACAUCACCAUGCUGGACCCGCUGCAAGACAACUUCGGCGAGCGAAUGGGCGGCUUGCUCUUCCUGCCCGCGUUAUGCGGCGAGGUUUUCUGGGCCGCUGGCAUUCUCGCUGCGCUUGGUGCAACACUCAGCGUCAUCAUCGACAUGGACCACAGGACGAGCGUCAUCUUCAGCUCGUGCAUCGCCGUCUUCUACACGCUCUUCGGCGGCCUCUACAGCGUCGCCUACACAGACGUCAUCCAACUUUUCUGCAUCUUCAUCGGACUGUGGAUGUGCAUUCCGUUCGCGAUGAUGGACGAGCACGUGGGGUCGCUGUCGCCGUCGGUCGUCGACUGGAUAGGCGAGGUGGACGAAAGCCAACGUUGGUUUUACAUCGAUUACGGGCUUCUGCUCAUUUUCGGCGGCAUCCCCUGGCAGGUUUACUUCCAGCGAGUGUUGUCCAGCAAAACAGCCGCUCGUGCACAAAUUUUAUCAUACGUGGCUGCCGCUGGCUGCAUCCUCAUGGCCAUCCCUCCCGUCCUGAUUGGCGCCAUCGCCAAAGCGACACCUUGGAACGAGACCAACUACAAAGGGCCCUGGCCGCUGACGGAGCAGGAGACGUCGAUGAUCCUGCCGAUGGUGCUGCAGCACCUGACACCCGAUUUUGUGUCCUUUUUCGGGCUGGGCGCCGUGUCGGCCGCCGUGAUGAGCUCGGCCGACUCGAGCGUGCUCUCGGCCAGCUCCAUGUUCGCCAGGAAUGUUUACAAACUCAUCUUUCGCCAGCGGGCCUCUGAAAUGGAGAUCAUUUGGGUGAUGCGAGUAUCGAUCAUCAUCGUAGGCAUCCUAUCCACAAUCAUGGCUCUCACCAUCCCAUCGAUAUACGGUCUCUGGUCAAUGUGUUCAGACUUGGUGUACUGCAUCCUGUUCCCGCAAUUGCUGAUGGUGGUGCACUUCAAGCACCACUGCAACACGUACGGCAGUCUGUCCGCCUACAUCGUCGCCUUCUUCGUCCGUUUGAGCGGAGGCGAGCCGCUGCUCGGUCUGCCGCCCUUGAUCAAAUACCCAGGCUACAAGGAUGGACAGCAGCUGUUCCCCUUCCGCACCAUGGCCAUGAUCAUGUCCCUCCUCACGCUCAUCGGCGUUUCUUGGUUCACAAAGUGGAUAUUUGAAACCGGUCGGUUGGCGCCGGGCUACGACUACUUCCGCUGCGUGGUCAACAUCCCUGAGGACGUGGAGCGCGUGGGCGAGCCGGCAGGCGAGGGCGAGCUGGCCAUGAUGAACACGGCGGCGCAGAAGAGCUACUCGGCCGUGGACGAGCGCAACGGUAGGAUCAACCCGGCGCUGGAGCCGGACGACGAGAUGGACGCGGCCGCCGAGGCCAUCACCGCCCGCCGCCAGAGCGCCAACCAGCCGCCGCCGGUCGCAGGCUCUGACCGCCUCAGACAAGACCAGACCGCAUUCUGAACUCAGCACUAAGCUGCCGGGCAAACACUCGAUUUUUCACGUGUCGGUUUCAAUUCUGCGCGAUCCGCGAGUGAAUAGUGUGAAUCUCCUGACGAAUAUUGGGCCAAAUCUGCAAGGUUACAUUUCUAUCACUCGUUAGCCGAAAAGCAGCAUUAUUUUUAACUGAUAAAAAUUGUUUUAUUUUUCGAUUUUUACAGUUCAAAGUUCACGACCGGAAGAUAAAAUAAAAACAUCAUUUUUGUUGAACUCUCUAAUGAUUAUUAAAUUUCGAGCGAUUUUAGCUUGAUUUUCGGUGUUUUGUUUCUGAUAAUUAAGCAGAAGACAAUGUCAAAAUAUCUGAUAAUUUAAAAUUUCAUAAUAUUUUGAUUGAAUAUUUGAAAAAAUCAUUUCUUGUUCGAACCCCUUGAUAAAAAAAAUCACUUUUUGUGCAUACUCUUAGUGCUUUAAGCUGUCAACAGAAGGCGCCUGAUUAUAAUUGAGAUUUUAAGACAGUUCCACUGCAAUUUAAGAAUCAAUCUUACUACUGUGUAUUUUGCACUUCAUAAUUUUUUCAUGUUUGAUUUGCUGUAAAUAAAAAUCAGUCCAACCAAUCGCCAUAAAAAUAGUCAGCAAAGUAAUUUUAUCUGAAAAAUUGUUUUCUACGUUUUUACAGCGAUAAGAUUGUCCGAUUUUUUUCUCCAGCAAAUCAAUGAAAAUCAUUUGAAGAAUGCAAUGCUCAGCGGCAGAAUUGAGUUCGGACGUGACUUAAAAUCAUAAGUAAUCGGUGGCGCUAUCCCUUGGCAGCUUUUAUACUCAGGGGCUUACGCAAAAUAUGGUGAAUUGACUGGUAAAAAAUCCAAUUCUUGGUCUUUUGAGUUGAUUUAACUUAAAAUUCAAUUUCUAUUCCUGUCUUUUGUUGAGAGUAAACGAUUUUCUUUGGUACAGAAACGACCGAAAAUUUUGGUAACGUUUCAGCCUCGAUUGGCUGGAAUUAUUUAUUUAAUUAAUGCAUUUGAAAUUUGAGCGAAAAAAAUAAUGCAGCCCUGGAAAUGUAACUGGCCAGUCAGCAUCAAGUAUUUUCCUCAAAAUUUGCCGAGUUGGCAGAUUCCGCAGGAGGAAACCGGCCGUGCGCCCGGCGCUGGCACCGAAAGAAAGCACAGUGCAUGUCGUGGGUAACCGUAGCUCAAAUGCUGGUUUUAUUUUUUGUUACUCUUGAAAUGUGUCUAACGUGUAUAUAAAUACCUCAAGGAACAACUCCCCCUCGAACCCGAUUCAGUCAUUUUUUUAUUAUUAACUUUCGUUGUAAUGCAGGUGCACUCUCGAUCGGCCGAAACGCACAUUACGAGUGCGCCGCAGCAGAGUUUGUUGAUUAAUUUCGGUCUUUGAGCCCCCGCAGUCAGUAUCUAAGCAUAUCUACUCUGACAAGAUGUACCCAAAAGUAUACACGGAGUAAUACAUAAGUGUGUAAACCUAACGUAAUAAAAAGCAAACAGAGGCCAGACGAGUUAAUUAACAUACAUAUACGCGUAGGUGCGCAGCAAGAGCAGACGGAAAGAUAUUAGCCGAAUCGAGAUCUAGUCACGGGAAAGCAUUUUAUUAAGGUGUAGACUCGAAUCUUAACACAACACACGCAGCAUUUGGCCAGAGAGGAACGGAUAAAGCGACGAGAAACUCCCAAAGUUCAAUUUGAUUUGUUUUGGAGCACUCUUCUCGGCCAGUCGUAGGCGCUAGAGAAUUAAUUAACUUGUAAUAAUCGCAAGCAAGCAAGCACAGACACGUUGGCGCUGUUGUUAAGGGGCCACCCAAUAAUGGAGAGGAAACAGCGGCUGCUCCACUGUUGACAGGAUCAUGAAAUCGAAGCUGUGUUAUAUAUUACAUAAAUUAGAAGUUUAGACUCGAAUAAACCGCGAGCGGCGAAUGAGAUGAGAGUUUUGAAAUUAUAAAUGACAGUUGAUACACACCCACCCACCCACCCACACACAUACAUAUCACAAUUCAAAUUCAAACAAUGUAUAAUGAAUGUUGGUCAAAAGCAAUAUAUUAAAUUGUUUGUUGAACGAGGAAUUUAAAUAAACACACAUUUAACUGUUGAAAGCCUGUAAGAUGCGGACUUUAUAAUUUAAGCAGUGGCGUUGAAAGUGCGAAGGUUGCCUCGCAAAAAAUUCUCAAAUGCAUAACACGAUUGAAAACCCCAAAAAGUGCAUCUUACAGAGUGGUUGUACUGAAACAAUACCCAAUUAUUUAAAACAAUAAUUAAAAAACCGCAGAAUAUGCAAAAUCGUUGGAUUUAGAAAUAUACGUGUCGCAUGAUUAAUAAGUGGUGAGUGUUAUUAAAAUGUUACACACAAAUUAACUAACGUUGAGGGGAGGAGGGUGCGUCUGCUUACAUUCAAGAAAAUGCACAUGAAUCGGAUUUUACUCGUUGAAAUUUUGUGCCUUGGGCCGCGACAGGCCCGACCCUUUUUCAGUUGCACACACCUUUACCACAGGGUAGACUCGGUAGCUAGAGCUGAAAAGUAAAACUACUGCCACAUAUCACACACCUUCGACCUUUUGCAAAAUAUCAACGAGAAAAGACGGCAUUCAUUUUCAUUUUCACAGAUAAAUGAAAUUAAACUAAUCUUAAUCAAAUGAGUCUGAAUUUUGGUGAACUUGCGUCUGGAAAUUCUUCAAAUCAGCCAGCUCAAUUGAUUAGUGUAACAUAUCAUUUAAAAAACCAAAUAGGAGAGCAAUAUAAUACUAUGUAUAAUUUUACUGGAUAAAUGAAUAUUUUCAAGAAUAAUUCAAAGUGCAAUAUAUGUCACAAGUACGAGGAUGCAGGUUGAUUUACUUUCUUUAACUGGGAAGAGGCGGAAAUUUUUUGUGUUUUCAAGGGACCGUGUUGUACUGGAAGGCCUACUAAAACUAAACCAGCGUUUCAAAGGCACCGUGUUGCAAAUCACAACCUUGGUCCUGCGGUCCCUUCGGUUGCCUUGUCUCUUUAAUGUAUGUAUACCAUAGUUGAGUUACCUAUCUAAAUUCAAGAAGCGAAAAUGCGGUAAAUUCAUAAACGAAAGCGAACUGAUAACACAUUAGUACGAAGAAAGUGUUCAUUGAAUUUCCUUUCAAGCCAAUGGCAGCGCGUUGGUUUGAGCUUUCUAAAUGUUUGAAAUGGUCGAAUAAUAAAGAAAAAUAUAAUAUUCCAGCUCCAUUUUCAAACAUGCAGUGUUCAGAGGAGAAAAGAGUUUGGUUCUUUUCCCAUUUGUGUUGUUGUAGACGCCAUUUCUUUCCAAUCACGAUGUACUCGUAGCCUAGGACCUAAUUAGACAAUCGAUCUCUUAAGGGUUGUCCAUUACGCGAAGAAUUGGAAUUCCUAUAUUAUUUCUCAUUUCUUCCCGUCGCUAUAAUGUGCUGGCCACAUGAUAUUUUUAUUUCCAGCUUUUGAAAUGUUUGCGUCUCUCGGAAACGGACCAUUUUGUUGUUGAAUGAAUUUUCUGCACAUUGAAGAGUAUUAUGUGAUAUUACUCCAACUCUCUUUCUCUCUCUAACUAACGUUGCGACAGCAGAAUCAAUUGAAUUGCGGGAAAUUAUUUACGGUCGAAAUUGGGACAUGUUGAAUUGUAACCUCUGGAAAUUGAUUGAUAGUUUACCAUUAUAAAAAGUGCUACUUUACUUGUUUCAACAGCCAAGACACUGUUAAUACAUAAAAAGGAAACUAUAAGUGGAGGGAAUAUAUACAUCCGUUGUUGUUAUUUACUUGUAGGUGAAAGAAAAGGCAAAAAUAAAACUGAUGUUUAGCUGUUUAGAAAAUGAAAAGUGA